AUGGGUGACAAAAAAGUUACCAUUAACAAGGAAUUAUUUUAUAGUAGAGCUGGACGACUUUAUGAAGCAUGGGAAAAGGGAGACCACGGAUUCGGAGAUGUGAACUGUUUUAUGGUAGUCGUUGGAAACGGUGAUAAUCCUUACACGAAAUCCGGUGCGGUGCACAGUUGGCUUCUUGGUCAUGAGCUCAUUGACACACUACUAUUGUUCACAAAAAAUCAGAUUUAUGUACUCGCAAGUAAUCGAAAGGCGGAUUUUUUCAAUCCGGUUGUCAGUGAAUCAGCACAUGGAAAAAUUCCACCGUUGAAAUCAUUCCUCAGAGAUAAGAGUGACAAGGAUGCGAAGAAUUUUGAAACAUUCGUCGAACUUGUGAAAGAAAACGGCAAUGAAAUUGGAGCAUUUAUCAAGGAUAAAUUCGAUUCUGAGUUCUUUUCGACAUGGAACAAUGUCCUUGAGUCGAAUGAUAUCAAGAAGGUCGACAUUACAAUCCCAUUUGUUCAUAUUCUUGCCGUGAAAGAUGAAAAAGAAAUUGAAAUGCUGAAAAAGUCUGGAACUGCCACUGUGAACACAUGGGCGGCCAUUAGAACCAAAUACGUCGACAUUAUCGAUCAGGAAAAGAGAGUUCGGCAUUCGAAUCUUUCAAAAGAGAUAUCGCAUUACAUGAAGGAUUCGAAAAUUCAAGGACCCCUCGCAAAGCAUAAUAUCGAAACGAGCUACGAUCCGAUCGUAAUGAGCGGCGGAAAAUAUUCGUUCAAAUGGAGCCACGAGAGCGCUGAGACGCUUCUUCAUUACCAAUUCGGAACAAUUAUUACGUCGUUUGGUGUACGUCUUGAUGAUUAUUGCACCAAUGUCACCCGCACCAUGCUCAUCUUCCCAUCGUCAUCGUUGGAAGCCGCGUAUGAAGCGGUCUUGGCGACUGAACAGGCUGUUAUUGCGGCACUCAAACCUGGAGUCAAAUUAAGCGAUGUAUAUCAAAUUGGAGUGAAAACUCUGGAAGAAAAAGAUCCAAAACUUGUCGAAAAGUUGCAUAAAAAGGAAUUUGGAUUCGUUACUGGAAUUGAAUUCCGUGAAAGUCGUCUCACGAUCAGUCCGAAAUGCGAGGAAACCGUCAAAGCUGGAAUGGUGUUAAUUGUAUAUAUCGGCGUUGACGGAAUUCCGAACAAGAGCGAUUCCGGUGAGAAGGGCGCGCCGGCUGCGAUUGCAAUUUCUGAUACGAUUGUUGUUAAAGAUGAGCCACCAAAUGAGGUUUUGACUGAAAGAGCGAAAUCCCGAAUAAAAUCGAAUGUGAUUCGAUUCAAAGAAGACGCGCAACCCAACGAUCAUGAGAAGGAGAACGGCGGUAGCAGCAGCAAUCAGCUUCUCGGUCGAGGACAACGAAGUGUUGUGCUCAAUGACCAAACGCGUAACAAAACGACGAACGAGGAGAAGAGAAAAGAGCGGCAGAAGCAGCUUGGAAAGAUAUUGAAUGAGCAGGCGCGGGCUCGUUUGGCACAGCAAGGCACUGGAUCCGAAGAGAAAAAAGUGAAAAAGAGCAAUGUCUCAUAUAAAUCCAUUGAAAAAUUUCCGAAUGAGCCGGAAAUUAAUCAACUUCUCAUUUAUGUCGAUCGCCGGCAUGACACGAUCAUUCUUCCGAUUUUCGGUGUACCCGUUCCGUUCCAUAUCUCAAUGAUCAAGAGUUGCUCGCAAUCAGUUGAAGCUGACUUCACUUAUCUCCGUAUUAAUUUCAAUCAUCCUGGCUCGAAUAUUGGCAAAGAGAACGCGCAAUUCCCGCAUCCGUUGGCGACGUAUAUGAAAGAAUUGACGUAUCGCGCGAGUAAUCUUCGAGAGCAUGGAGAAUCGAAUCCGCCAAGCUCGAAUUUGACGACGGCACUCCGAUUGAUCAAGGAGAUUCAGAAGCGCUUCAAGACCGAAGAAGCGGAAGAACGCGAGAAGGAAGGCGCUGUCAAACAGGACAAAUUGAUAUUGAGCCAGAAUAAAUUGAAUCCGAAACUCAAAGAUUUAUUGAUUCGUCCCAAUAUCAUACAGAAGAGAAUUACGGGAGCUUUAGAAGCUCAUGUGAACGGAUUUCGAUACACGUCGCUUCGUGGAGAUCGCAUUGAUGUUCUGUAUAAUAACAUCAAACACGCGUUCUUCCAGCCUUGUGAUAAUGAGAUGAUCAUUCUUCUGCAUUUCCAUCUUAAGAAUCCCGUGAUGUGGGGAAAGAAGAAAUACAAAGAUGUCCAAUUUUAUACGGAAGUUGGAGAAAUUACGACAGAUUUGGGCAAAUAUCACCAUAUGCAGGAUCGUGAUGAUGUUCAGAGUGAACAGAUGGAAAGAGAAAUGCGUCGAAAACUGAAUGCGGCAUUCAAUAGCUUCUGCGAGAAGGUCUCCCGUCUCACCAAUGAUCAAUUCGACUUUGAUUCGCCGUUCUCGGAUCUCGGAUUCUUUGGUGUUCCAUUCCGCUCGUCUUGCACACUUCGUCCAACGUCAUCGUGUCUUGUUAAUCUUACUGAAUGGCCGCCCUUCAUUGUCACACUCAGCGAGGUGGAACUCGUUCAUUUUGAGCGUGUUUCGUUCCAAUUGAAAAACUUUGAUAUGGUGUUCAUUUUCAAGGAUUAUUCGAAGAAGACACAGAUGAUUCAGCAGAUUCCGAUGAGCAGUAUCGAUAUGAUAAAGGAGUGGCUUCAUUCUUGUGAUAUUCGUUAUACUGAAGGUAUACAGUCGCUCAAUUGGCCGAAGAUUAUGAAGACGAUCACGGAUGAUCCGGAAGCAUUCUUUGAUGAUGGUGGAUGGGACUUUUUGAACACUGAAUCUGACGGUGAAGAGGAGAUGGAUGACAGUGAUGAUUCAGAAGCUUACUCGCCUAGCGAAUCUGAAAACUCUGACGAGGAAAGUGAUGAAGAUGAGAGUGAGGCGGAAGCAACAUCAGAAUCAGAAAGCGAAGGAUCAUUGGAUUCUGAUGAAUCGGAAGGAAAGGAUUGGUCCGAUCUUGAGGAAGAAGCAGCGAAGGCUGACAAGAGGAAGGAGAUUGAGGAUCGCGAUGGGCCGAAAGAUCGUAAGCGCCAUCACGGCAGCAAAUCUGGACCACCGCCGAAGAGGAGGAAGUAG